GGGAGGGUAAGAAAGACACAGCAUAGGAGAAGGAGGGUGCUGUGUGUCUCUCCUGCAUCAGCGCCAGCAUCACUGCCUUCGUCACCGGAAAACAACAAGAAACAGAUCACAGAUGGCAGAAGCUAUAGAGAAUAAACACCAUUAGCUGCAGCAGAGUUUCAUCUACAUCCAUCAGCUACUGAUUCUUAGAUGAUGUCACAGCAUCUUCACCUUUAUUAGCCAGAAGCAUCAAUCUCCCCAGAGAGACGGGGAAUUCUUCUAGGCAUGCCUUGAGAAGAGAAGACGGCGGCCAUCGCUCCAUCCCAUCACCAUGGGAAAUCAGGAGGCAAAGCAAAAACGAGCUGCACCUGCAUCUGGUAAUGGAAGCUACCCUUCACUGGAUGACGGAUGGAGGGAGGGAGGGGGGGACUUGACCAAAAAGGGGGGCAAGAAACACUAUGGCAAGCAUGGAGGUAAAGGAGCAAACAGCAGUGGAGGAGGAGGGACACAUGGCACAGGAGCAGGCAAAAAAAGAAACAAAUCCGACUCCAAGUCCUCCGUUUUUUCCCUGCGAAAGAGAAAGACCAACCAUAAAGGGAAGGGGGACACGUGCUCAUCGAUUCCUGAUCUGGCAUCACAGCACGAUGAGCUGGACAGCAGCAAAACACCUGACCUGUCCGCAGACGAGCUGGGACACUCUGAUUCAGAGACGGCUUUCCCCGAAAAGAAAAAGAAACCAGAACGGGAAAUCAGGAAGAGAGAAGGAGGAGAAGAGGAGAAGUUGGAGGUGCAGAGGAAAGCCUCAACAGCAGCAACCUCACCCACAGAGGAAGGAGGGCAGAAGGGAGGCAGCUCAGGAUCAGACACUGAUAUUUACAGCUUCCACUCAGCGGCUGACCAUGAGGAUUUACUCGCAGACAUCCAGCUGGCCAUCAGGCUGCAGCAUCAGCAACAUCUGGAUGGUGGAAACGCCAUCGCCGAGGCGGUUUCAGGAGGCAGGGACCUGACCCUUAAAGCACCGGAGGACAUGACCAAGAAGAGGAAUGGGAUCGAGAGGUUAACUCCUCAGGAGGUUCUUGAGACGACCCCAGAGUUAGAAGUGGCCUCGGAUGCUCUGUCCUUCCUAGAGAGUGAAAGUCCUCCGUCUGCCAAAGCCAAAGACCCGCCUCCACUGCUGCCGAGCAGAGAGACACACCUCUGCCCUCCCUCAGAGGUGAAGGGACAGGGGGACGUCCAGGAAAAGGUGGGGCCUUUGGAGUUAAGCAUGGGAGGAGAGGGGGAGAGAGAAACCAGCACAAAAGACCAGCAUGAGAACGUCUCCAUGGCUACUGGGGGGGUAGCAGCCGAACCAGUCGCUAUGGAAACCAGUGAUAAUGGCUCCCCUGAUGUCUCAAUUGACAGUGAAGGGAAAAGUCCCAGAAAGCUGGAGGAAGCAGACCUGAGCCCCGCUCCGGACAGCAGCAGUAAAAGUCCUGAAGCUGCAGAGGGACUGAGCUCAGGGGACGUGUUCGACGCUCACUUAGGCUCAGCUACGAGUGCCGAGUCCCUGGACGAAUGUCCCAUAGUGGGCUCCAAAACAAACCAACCCGUCGCUUCCUGUCCCAGUGCCUCUCCGCCCGACCAGCACUGCGGCAGGGGCAACAUUUGCUUCGUCACCCUGCCCCCCCAGGGGAGCCCAAAGCUGGCAAAGCAGCUCCUAAAGUCUACCCACCCCUCUAACUUUUACAGCCACGCUGUUAAAUCCUACCCCACCGUCUUUCCAUCCUACAUUAAGACCACCACGCGGCAGCUCAGCACGCCUGGACACUCCCCCGCUCUGUCUCCCUCCCAUAGCCCCCUGUCACCACGCAGAGCCCACCUCCACAGCCGCAGGACGUUUGUCGGAGAGCAUGAAACUCACAGACAGCGGUCUCUGAGCCUCACUGGGGCUCUAAGCCGCUCAGCUGACUGGACAGAGGAGCUGGAAAGGAGGCUGAGAGGCAGAGAAGUGGAUGGAGGAGAAUCAGGAGAUUAUCUGAUGGGCUACAGAGGAGGAGGCAGUCAACCUAUCUGUGCCACCAGAAGAUCCUCAUGUGGACAGGUCUCCCUUUGUCCUUUCCAGGAUGUUUUCACAGGUCGCACGCUCCUUGAGAAGCUGUUCCUGCAGCAGCAGCAGGAGGAACCAGAGGAAGCCGAGAGGCUCUGCUCUAAGAUCUUGGCCAUGGGUCUCCUGCUUCCUUUUACAGACUGCUUCAGAGAACAGAUGGGGGGCAGCACUGCUCACAUCCCCUCCACUGCAUCAGUCAAGUUUGAUCAUGACCAGCUUUAUACUUGGGCUGCAGUCAACCAGCCACCACACUCACUGGAUCUACUUGAGGGGAAACUCAUCGGUCAAAUCAAGAGCCAAUGGUCACCAUUAAAACAUGGGGGAGAAAACAGGACUGGGAUUAAAUCGACGGAUGGAGAUCAUCAUGAAGCUGUUCCCAAAACAAGACAACCAGAGAACGAAGAGACACCCUCAGAGGAGGAGUUUGUUUUGCCCUUAAAAAAGAUGAAGGAAAAACACGUUAAUGUUAUCCAGCAGCUUGAACAAACUAUUGAAGACCUCAGGACUAAGAUUGCUGAGCUUGAACGUCAGCCCCCUCUUCUGGAGGAGAAGGGUACAAGGACCAUCACCUCCACGACUGACAGAGAAUGUGGAGGAGAGGAUGGCCUGUUGAGGGCUCUCCGUGAUGCCCAUCUGCAAACAGAGGCGGGACCCCUGCUGGGCUGUCAGGAGGUCAAAUCCGUACAGACCUCGCCAAUGGAUGACAGCUUUGGGUUCAAAGUGCCUUGUAGAGAGCAGGAUGGAGGUUUUGAGAAGCCCCAAUCCAAGCGUGAUUGUGCAUGUCAGCUGGAUCCUUCGUCUGCACCUCCCCUGCCUCGAGGCGAAACUGCAACUCUUCACUCAGGCCGGACUAUGGUCCCACCUCCACCUCCUCCUCCAUUACCCCCAGGUCUAGAUUCAACCCUUCCAUCUGGUUCAACAGGUCCUUCUGCUCCACCUCCUCCUCCUCCUUUACCUGGUCUUCCAGGUCCUCCCCCGCCACCCCCUCCUCCACCUUUACCUGGACUUCCAGGUCUUCCCCCGCCACCCCCUCCUCCACCUUUACCAGGACUCCCUGGUCCUCCUCCACCUCCUCCUUUACCAGGUCUUCCAGGUCCUCCCCCGCCACCCCCUCCUCCCCCUUUACCUGGACUUCAAGGUCCUCCCCCGCCGCCACCACCUCCUCCUUUACCAGGACUCCCUGGUCCGCCUCCACCUCCUCCUUUACCAGGACUCCCUGGUCCGCCUCCACCUCCUCCUUUACCAGGUCUUCCAGGUCCUCCACCUCCACCCCCUCCUCCAGGCUGUGGGCCUCCUCCCCCUCCUCCACAAGGAUUGGUUUGUUUCCCCCCAAGUCUUCCUGGAGCAAUAGGUUCACUCCCCCCUCCGUUGCCCCUUGGUCUAUAUUCUCUGGCUUUAACUCAGGAGAAACCAGCCAGGAAAGCUGCAGUGGAGCCACCCAGGCCAAUGAAGCCCCUCUAUUGGACCAGGAUCCAGCUCCAAACAAAGAGGGACGCUCAUUCUGCACUUGUGUGGGAGACGGUCGAGGAACCUGAAGUAGAUUUUGAUGAAUUUGUGGCGCUCUUCUCAAAAACUGCAGUUAAAGAAAAGAAGCAGCCGCUCUCUGACACCAUCACCAAAUCUAAGGCAAAACAGGUGGUGAAGCUCCUGAACAAUAAGCGCUCACAGGCUGUUGGGAUCCUUAUGUCUUCAUUGCACCUCGACAUGAAAGAUAUCCAGCAUGCUAUCUUAAACUUGGACAACAACGUAGUGGACAUGGAGACCCUGCAGGCUCUUUAUGAAAAUAGGGCACAGCAAGAGGAACUGGAUAAAAUUGAAAAGCACAUAAAGUCGUCUAAAGACAAAGAGAAUGCUAAGCCACUGGAUAAACCUGAACAGUUUCUCUACCAGCUAUCGCUGAUCCCAAACUUCUCAAGCAGAGUCUUCUGCAUUCUCUUUCAGUCCAGCUUUUCUGAGUGCAUGUCAUCAAUCACAAGAAAAAUCAGCACCCUACAAAGGGUCUGCAAGACUCUGCAGGACAAUGAUUCAGUCAAGAAGAUUCUAGGUCUAGUUCUGGCAUUUGGUAAUUUCAUGAACGGUGGAAAUCGAACAAGAGGUCAAGCUGACGGCUUCACUCUUGACAUCUUGCCAAAACUCAAGGAUGUAAAGAGCAAUGAUGGUGCAAAAAGCCUUCUGUCAUACAUUGUAGCGUACUACCUCAGACACUUCGAUGAGGAUGCUGGGAAGGAAACAUCCGUGUUUCCACUUCCUGAGCCCCAUGACCUGUUUCAGGCUUCACAGAUGAAGUUUGAAGAUUUUCAGAAGGACUUGAUGAGGCUCCGGAAGGACCUUAGAGCGUGCACAUCUGAAGUGGAAAAGGUGUGCAAGGUGUCAGAUGAGGAGCACUUGCAGCCUUUCAAAGAGAAGAUGGAGGAGUUUCUUUCUCAAGCUAAAAGUGAACUGGAGACGCUGGAUGGUCAACUCAGCAGCACCCACAAACUGUUCCUUGAGCUCACAACGUUCUACUCGGUGAAGCCCAAAGCGGGAGAAAAAGAGGCUUCCCCCAACGUUUUAUUUUCCAUCUGGCAUGAGUUCUCUUCAGAUUUCAAGGAGCUGUGGAAAAAAGAGAACAAAACUAUCCUCAAAGAAAGGUUAAAAGCAGCAGAAGAGAGUUUCAGACAAGCCAAGGAGAAAACUUCCUACAGUGUGAAACCAAAACAUGCUUCUGGCAUCAAAGCCAAACUUGGCAUGAAGAUAUAACUUGGUUACCCGAACAGAGCGUGGUGAUGGAACCAGGGGAACCUGGAUGAACGCCGGAUAUGAAGCUGAGCCCACAUCAACAUCAUCUUUGAUUUCUUUUCAUUGUUCCGUUUGGCGUAGCGGAGCAUUGGACUACCUGUUCAGAACCAGCGUGACGGCGCCUACAGAGUUAUGGGCUAAUGUUGUAGCUAUCUGUGCAUUUCUUCAUCUGGUUUGUAGAAGACGCCAACAUACACUUUUAAUGUUUCCUGGUUUCAACCAGUCAGGUCUCCUUGUUGCCUGGUGUGGAUAUCAGCCAUCUUUGUUCUUCAGCGUGAUUAUCGCAAACAUCUCCGAGUCGCUCCGUUGUUUACAGUCGGUCUACUGGCAGCCUUCUUUCUGCCCUCCCCCAAUGCCAGGCUCCCACCUUUAGGUUUAGGCCCUUAGCAGAGAAAAUCAGAUCAUCCAGUCAGAUUGGUUCAAAGUUUUUUUAUCUAGGGAAAACCAGCUGAUUGCGUCCAGUUAUUGACCUUACAUGAUUUGGUCCUCCUGGAUGCGGAAACAGUGGUUGAAUUCCCUCACCCUGAGCAUGCAUGUAGCGACAGUGGAGAGGAAAAACUCCCUUUUAACAGGAAGAAAC